AUGCCUGUUACUACAACAGUUCGUACCACUACUAUUUCUCCAACUACUACCAAACCAACCGUAACUGUACCAACUACUACAACAUUCGCUCCAACUACUACGAUGGUUCCGACAACUUCUAAAACCACAAUGGCGUCAACCACAACCACUCUACCGCCGACAACCACAACAACAUCAACUACUACAGCAAAGCCUUCAACAAUUUCUACUACUAUUCCUACUACAACUGCAACGAUACCUUCGACUACAGUAUCUCCAUCCACUACUACUAAGACUACUGUUGCUCCAUCGACAACGGCACAGACUACAACAAUACUUCCUUCGACCACGACUUUCACUACUCCUGCUCCAACGACUACCACGCUAACUACUACUACAGUUCCUUCAACCACUGCUCCUGCUUCAACGACAACGACAAAACCUACUACUACAGUUCCUUCCACCACUAUUACCACUACUCUUGCUCCAACGACAACAACACAACCUACUACAACUACGGUUCCAUCUACUACUACUACAACAACAACAAUUACUACUACUACUCCUGCUCCAACGACUACAACGCAAACUACUACUACAGUUUCUUCAACCACUACUCCUGCUCCAACGACAACAACACAGCCUUCUACUACAGUUCCUUCUACCACGACUACCACCACUACUGCUCCAACGACAACAACACAAACCAUUACAACAACUCCCAAAUCAACUACCACUACUACGGUAGCACCCACUACUACAGUUGUACCCACUACUACUACUACUGCAGCUCCUCCUACUACAACAACACCUGUGACGACUACAACAACUAUACGAGCGUCCACGAUUGUACCAACAACUCCACAAGCUACUACAACAACCACUACUGCUGCUACUACAACGGUGAAAACAACGCCAAUUGUUUUCUUCCCGACCCCCAGAGCAGGCAAUGGUAACGGUGGAGGUAACGGCAACGGUGAUAGAGGAGGUAACGGCAACGGUGAUAGAGGAGGUAACGACAAUGGACGCGGUAAAAGUAAAUGGUAA